GACCUGCUGAGACGCGUUGGAUGGUGGAUACGGACAGGGCCAAACUCCUCUGUGACCGCUGGGAGCAGGUUUCGUGGCUUUUUUGCAAGUACGCUGCUCGCUACCUCAAUAAGACCACGUUCAGAAACUACUGGCUCCAAUCGGUGUAUUUGCUUCGAGACCCUAUACUUCGUGUGCAUGUCAUGUUGACGGCAAGGCUCGGGGAGCUGUUGUUCGACUGGGCGUACAAUUGGAUCCGUGGCAAGGGCGGGUUCUUUCUGAAGUGCGAAGGGGUCGGUCGGCGGCUGUUUCCUGGGAUGCGUUUGGUGGAGGUGGCUGAUUUCUCUCGCCUGCUGCUGCUCAAGUUGGAGACUAUCCGCAAGGAUCCCGAGACGUACUUCGCGGCGGAGAAAUUGUUCACGACGAACUGCAGCGAGGAUAAGGGUUUUUUUGCAUUGUUCAAGAAGCGAUGGAUCAAGUGGAUGGAGCGGCAUCAGCAGCUACCUCUGAGCAUGGCGCGGAUUGGAUGCCCCUCGUUUUACGCUCGGACAGGAAUCAUGGCGGAAGGGGCUGUAGAGCAGGCGGUGGGGCCGAAGUUUGCGCGUGCCUUCCUCCACGUAGCUUGGCCUGGUCUAUACGACGGAGAGCCGCGCACGGAGAGGGAGAGGGAAUUCCGAACGCAGCUCGUGAAGUAUUCGGGAGAAAUCACCGAGGCAAGAAGGAAAGAUGAGUUGACGUUCGGGCUGUUUUCAUGCAUUGAUAGCGACCUUUCUGUGAGGAAUGAACUUGAGCAGUAUGCGAAUUCUGGGUGGAGUGACAAGGAGGUUGACCAGGGUGCACCGAAGGGUACGUCAGCGUUGGCGUGUCUGUUCGAUUAUCCCCUCCUGUACAAGUUGGUGUGUCACCGAUUCUACUUCGUUCCCAUUCACCAGCAAGAUAUCGUGUGCGCCGAUGCGACGGGCGAAAAUAUCCGUGCCGCUGGCAUCAAGGUUUUGGAGAAGGCAAAGGAGGCAAAGGCUGUCUCCCACGCACGACAACCGGCCGAACCCUGGAGCAGAAAAAGAGUAUUGGAACCGGAAGCUGCAGAGGAUUUGCUGGUUGCGUAGAGAAGGAAGGGAGUCGGCGGCCG